GAAGCAAAUAAACCAAAUUCCCAUGAAUCAAAAAAAUCAUCAGCGACCACUGUGACUCCACUUGAGCGCCGGAGCCGCCGCCGUCGCCGUCGCGUCGGAACUCCAUUUUCACGUUCCUCUUCAAACACACCGACGCGUAACCAGUUUCGUCCAUGGCCGUUGUACUUUCCUACUGCAAACCUUCGCCUCCUCUUCGUCGAUUCCAUCGUCGCUGCGGAAAUUUGUGGAAGAAAGAAAAUGUUAGGAGUUCAAGACGAUCAUCUUCGGUUACUGCUAUGUUUUGGAAGUCCAAUAAGCCUGCGGAAGUAAAGGAAUUCGAUAUAUCACUUAGAGAUUACACUCUAACUGAAUCAAACAUUGAGGAAGCUUUGGAAAACAAGCCGAAGCAAAAGGUGAUUUCACUAUCAGUUGUUUCUUCAAUAUUUGAGAUACCACAAGCUGAAUGGGAUGCAUGUGCGUUGGAUUCUUCUCAACCUGAAAGCUAUAAUCCAUUUCUAAGUUAUGGAUUUCUUUCCAGUUUAGAAGAUACUGGUUGUGCCGUUCGGGAAACAGGUUGGAUGCCAUUACACAUUGUUGCAAAGGAUGAAUGUGAGAGUAUUUUGGGUGUUGUUCCACUUUAUCUCAAAAGCCAUUCUUAUGGCGAAUUUGUUUUUGAUCAUUCUUGGGCUGAUGCAUACCGAAGUUUUGGCGGAAGAUAUUAUCCUAAACUUCAGUGUUGUGUUCCUUUCACCCCAGUUACUGGUCCUAGGAUUCUUAUCCGUGAUAAUCCUUGCAAAGAGCAAGUUUUUGAUGCUAUUGUUUCUGCCAUGACGGAAUUGGCAUCAAAGUUACAAGUUUCAUCUUUGCACAUUACAUUUCCGUCUGGAGCUGAGUGGGACAAAUUGAAAGAGAAAGGCUUCUCACAAAGGAUUGGAAUGCAGUACCACUGGAAAAAUCGUGAUUAUAAAAAUUUUGACGAGUUCUUGAUGGACAUGAAGCAAAGCAAAAGGAAAAAUAUCCGACAGGAACGCAAAAAGAUUGGUACCCAGAAUUUGAAAAUGAGACGGCUACAAGGAGAUGAUAUAAAGGCUAGGCACUGGGAUUCCUUCUAUGAUUUCUACAGGAACACAACUGAUAACAAGUUUAGUCUUUAUCUUUGAGACAUUUUUGUUUUUCUUAUCAUUAGUACACAUUAUGUGUCUUUGUGCAUAAUAAACAUACUUACAUUCAAUUACCUGUCAUCGUCAAGUGUAUGCAUUACCUGUGUUUGUCCUUUCACAUGCUUAACGAUUUCCGGCUAAUUUUAGAUGGGGCACACCUUAUCUCACAAGGGAUUUCUUUCACGACAUGGCAUCGAAGUUGGGAGACAAGGUAUUGCUUGUUUUAGCUGAAGAAAACGAGGAACCUGUUGCAGGAGCAUUGAAUCUCAUUGGAGGAGAUACUCUAUUUGGGAGACUAUGGGGAUGUCGUCCCGACUCCUAUUAUCCUAGUCUCCAUUUUGAAGCAUGCUAUUACCAGGCAAUUGAAGCAGCGAUAGAGCUUAAUCUGAAAACGGUAGAAGCUGGAGCGCAGGGUGAGCAUAAGAUUCAGCGAGGCUACCUUCCCGUUAAAACAUAUAGUUGCCAUUACAUAUUCGAUGAAGGUUUCAGGCAAGCCAUAGACGAGUUUUUAGUGCGCGAAUCAAAUCAGAUGGAUUAUGUCAUCAGACUGAUGCAUGAAGAUGGACCCUUCAAAGAGAAAAUAGAAUAGAUGCAUUUAUAUCUUGGUUAUCGCAAACAUUCUUGUAUAUCUUAAUUCUUAGGUUUAUGCGUCAAUGUACAUUUUAAUUUGGCUGCUCAUGUUCGUUUUCUGAUUUGGUUUUGUUACUUUCUGAUCACCAAAUGUACACUGACGCCUAAUUUAAUUUAUAUAGAUUGUGAUGUGUGAGGAAUACCACAUUGAUGUCAGCUCCA